CUUUACAAAAUCUUUGCGUAGUAGAUGAUUGAUUUCCAGUGGGUGAAUAAGUCCCAAUCUUGUUUACUUUGUUGCGGAUUUUGCUUUGAAAUAAAGGGCAAUAUAAAACGGCAAAUAUCGUCAAAUAUAAGUGAAUGUUUGUGACAUUGUUUUGAAGUUUAGAAGUUUUGUUUUGCGAUCAAUUAGUGUGAAUUAAAGUCUACCUUCGUGCUACAAUAACAUGGAAGGUAGCUUGACAAGAAAGGAGUCGAAAAAGCACAGGCGUAGAGACGAAACAGAGCAGCAAUUGGCGUCUGAGGAAGGGACAAGAGAGCGUAAACAUCGAAAGAAACGGGACGGAAAGCGAAAAAAGAAGCGAUCUUCUGUCCCAAACUUAGAUGAGGGAGAAAUUUCAAAGACUGUUGGGCAGGAUAAUAAAGGUCUAGAUCACGAGGAAACUGUAUCUUUGAGCGGUCAGGCAAAUAUAGUUGAGCCAGAAGCGAGAGUUGGUGAAUCUGUAGACUUAACAAGCCAACAUGGCUCUCAAAUUGAACUACAAGAGAGAAUGAACCAGUCUAUAGCCUCUACAAUUAGCCAUGGUUCUGAAGAAGAGAGAGUUGGCUUUACAAGUGGACAAGACUCUCAAAUUGAAGAGACUGUUAGUUUACAUGCAGAGUCUGAGGAGGGCACUGAUUUUGCUUCAGCAAGAACUGGAAUACUCACAGAUAGUGAUCGGGUUGAUUCGAGGGAAGGGAGUGCCGGGUCAGAUCGUGGCUUGAGGAGAAGAGCUACCUUAACUGAAUUAGGGAAAAGUUUUGAUGCGGAGCAGGAAUCGAGUGAGGUAAGAUACUGAGCUAGUUUGAUAUUAACCCA